CUGUGGGAGAGCGGCGCGACAAGCUGCCACUGUCUUCUUCUGUUUGGCACUGUGGCGGGGGAGGUUCGAGUGAGCCGCGAGGUCGGAUUUCAACAAAAAGCGGGCCGGUGGUUAUACCCUGCGGCCGGCAUUUUGCAUAUUGUUUUACCCUGCUGCCCUGAUCCGGUCUGCUAUCUCCUCUUCCCCCUCUUCUCUAGUGAGGAAGUCAAGAGACGCUUGCUCGAGAAGAAGGCAUUGACGGGACCAGUGGCGUGUGAGGGAGAAGACGAGUUCGUGAGAAUUUACAAGGACAAAGAAUUUACCCUCGCCGAACUUCUAGAUCCUUUGUUUACGGUUUUGGGGGUUACUCUGUUUUUACAUCAGGACAUGGUCUUAGGUGAUUUCUACAAUGGGUUUGGGGAGGUGCUGCUACUUGGGACAGUUUGGCGCACUCCAAUAGAUGCGCCCAAUGCCGCAAAUCCGAUUAGCGUUAUAGCAACCAUAUUAUCGUGUAGUUCAUAUUCUGGUACUCAUGUUGGCUCGAGCGUCCCGCGUAGCCGCGUAGGCCUCUCCUCCCAUCCCUUUCGAAUUUCAGGACGGUUUUUUGAGGAUCAUUUUGGAAAAUUAUUUGCCGUGCCGCCCACUCUUUUGAUUUCAAUGCCAUGGCUCAAAACUCCCCAUCACCGUCUUCUCUCCAUUUUCCGAGUCCAACGCUUGCAACAUUGCUGCUCAUCAAACCAUGAGCAUCAUCUCCUAUCCCUCCUACACCGCUAUCCACAUCUUCGUCAUUCCCUCCAACUCCACUCUCACCUCGUCACCUCCGGAAUUCACCGCCAUCGAAUCAGCCGCAGUGGCAUUCUUCUCUGGAACACCCUCAUCCACCGCUACUCUUUCGGCUCUUCCCCGCUUAAAGCUCUCAAAAUUUUUCAGCACAUGCUUGCCUUCUGCGCUGACGACCUCCCCACCGACUCCUUCACUUUUUCUUUCCUCAUCAAGGCCUGUGCUGCAGCCUCCUUAGUUUCUCCUUCUGGCUUCCAGCUUCACUCUCUCGUUGCCAAGAACGGCUUCACAUUUCAUGUCUAUGUUCACACUGCUCUGCUCAAUAUGUACUCAUGUUGGGGAUUGACUGUGAAUGCUCAAAAAGUGUUCGACGAGAUGCCUGAGAAAAAUUUGGUUUCUUGGAAUGCGAUGAUCACUGGUUUAAGCAAAUGGGGGAAGAUGGAAAUGGCAAAAGCACUUUUUGAACAAAUGCCUGACCGUAAUGUGAUUUCCUGGACUGGAUUGAUCGAUGGAUAUACGCGGGUUAAGAAACCAGAGGAAGCUGUAAGUUUCUUUCGGGUAAUGGGGGCCCAAGGCAUAAGCCCUUCCGAGAUCACUGUUUUAGCCAUCAUCCCUGCCAUAGCAAACCUUGGAGCGCUGGAUAUUGGAAAAACGCUUCAUGGCUACUGUGUGAAGGUAGGAAUUGAUUUGCUUGACAUCCGAGUGCAGAAUUCAUUAAUUGAUAUGUAUGCAAAGUGCGGCUCAAUUGAGAAUUCAGUUCAGGUUUUUGAGGAGAUGGGUGAAAGAAGCAAUUUGGUUUCAUGGACUUCCAUCAUAUCUGGCUUUGCAAUGCACGGCAUGGCAGAGAAAGCAGUUCGAUUUUUUGAGAAGAUGGUGAGGGAGAAGAUAAGGCCGAACCGGGUUACCUUUCUGAGCUUGUUGAAUGCUUGUAGUCAUGGAGGGUUAAUUGAGGAGGGAGUGAGGCUCUUCACGCUCAUGGUGAAUGAACAUGGUGUUGAGCCAGAGUUGAAGCACUAUAGUUGUUUGAUUGACAUGCUAGGGAGGUCUGGGAAGGUGCAGGAGGCAGAGGAGAUUAUCGCUGGGCUGCAGGUGGAGGUGAAUUCCAUCGUGUGGAGGACAUUGUUGGGUUGCUGUAGCAAACAUGGUGAGGUGGAGAUGGCGGAGAGGGUGGUGAGGAGAAUAAUGGCAUUGGAGAUAGGGUGUGGAGGGGAUUAUGUUGUUUUUUCUAAUAUGCUAACAGAGGCUGGUAGGUUUAUGGAUGCUGAGACUAUAAGAAGGUUGUUGGAUGAUAGAAAUGCUGUGAAGAUUCCUGGCUAUAGUCUGAUUUGA